UUUCUUUUGUAUUUUCCUUGCUUGAGUUCAACAGCGGAGAAGAACCAUACGUACACACUCGGCAUCAAUCAGUUCUCGGACAUGACUGAUGACGAGUUCGCCAUCAAAUACCUGGGAAAUGUUAGUCAUGAUGCAACCCGACAGCGCCGCCAGAUCCCCCCGCCGUCUAAGCGGAUCCGGAACCGGACGGAGUCUCCGUCGCCGUCAUCGUUUCUGAACAAUAAUGAUUAUAAUGUGAGUUUGGGUCAGCUUCCGGGCAAUGUAGACUGGAGGAAAGAAGGUGCUGUUACUCGAGUCAAGAACCAAGGAAUUGAUGGAGUUGGUUUUGGCUUCUGUUGGGCGUUCUCUGCGGUGGCGGCUCUGGAAGGGAUGAACAAAAUCUUUACCGGAAGGUUGCUUGAGUUGUCGGAACAGAACGCGAUAGACUGUACCCCCGACCGCGGCCAUGAUGGGUGUUGGAGUAAACACAUGGAAGAUGCAUUCGAUUAUGCGUUGGGUAACGACGGCCUUGCGAAUGAGACGGACUACCCCUUUGUGGGUAAAAGGAAGGAAUGCAAAGACUAUUACAUUUACCCAGCUGGAGGCAGUGUCUCAGACUACACAGAGGUGCUGGAGAAUGAUGAGAUGGCUCUGCUCGCCGCCGUCGCAAGGCAGCCCGUCUCCGUCGGCAUCACUUACAGCCGUGACUUCAUACCAUCCUUCAAGAGCUAUCACUCCGGGAUUUUCAACGGCGGACUCAACGGCGACUGCGGAAUUGGCAACAACCACGCACUCGCCAUCGUCGGAUACGGCACCGUCGUCCCGUACGCUCCCUAUUGGAUUGUGAAAAACUCUUGGGUGCCUCGUUGGGGAGAGGAGGGUUAUGUCAGAAUGGCAAGACAGAACGGUA